CCAAGAUUUCAUUUGUUUGUUUUCCCUUGUGCCUCUCAGCAGGUUUCUGCCAUGGGUGACAGGGGAACAAGCAAUGACUCUGAAGUGACUGACUUCAUCCUUGUAGGCUUCAGGGUCCGCCCAGAGCUCCACAUUCUCCUCUUCCUGCUCUUUCUGCUGGUGUAUGCCAUGAUCCUCCUAGGAAAUGUUGGGAUGAUGACCAUUAUUAUCACGGAUUCCCAGCUGAACACACCAAUGUAUUUCUUCCUAGGGAACCUGUCCUUCAUUAAUCUCUUCUAUUCAUCUGUUAUUGCGCCCAAGGCUAUGGUCAACUUCUGGUCUGAGAGCAAGUCCAUCUCCUUUGCAGGCUGUGUGACGCAGCUCUUUCUCUUUGCCCUCUUCAUCGUGGCUGAGGGAUUUCUCCUGGCAGCCAUGGCCUAUGACCGCUUCAUUGCCAUCUGCAACCCACUCCUCUACUCUGUCCAGAUGUCAGCACGUCUCUGCACACAGUUGGUGGCUGGGUCCUAUUUAUGUGGCUGCAUCAGCUCAGUUCUUCAGACAAGCAUGACAUUUACUUUGUCCUUUUGUGGUUCUCGGGCCAUUGACCACUUUUACUGUGACGCUCGCCCACUUCAGAGGCUAUCUUGUUCUGACCUCUUCAUCUAUAGAAUCAUUUCCUUUUCCUUAUCCAGCAUCAUCAUCUUGCCUACGAUCAUAAGUAUUAUUAUUUCUUACUUGUAUAUUAUAUCCACGGUUCUCAAGAUACACUCCUCUGAGGGACGUAAGAAAGCAUUCUCCACUUGCAGCUCUCAUUUAGGAGUCUUGAGUGUGCUGUAUGGUGCAGGGAUUUUUAUGUAUCUCACUCCUGACAGAUUUCCUGAACUUAGUAAAGUGGCCUCAUUAUGUUACACCCUAGUCACUCCCAUGGUGAAUCCUUUGAUUUACUCCCUGAGAAAUAAAGAUGUCAAAGAAGCUUUGAGAAAGAUUCUGGAGGAAAAAAUACCUUUAUUUAAUUUUAUGUUAACAGUGACAUAA